AUGUCCAAUCCCGUCGCUGGCACGCAAAACGCAGGUUCAACGGCGAUCGCGUCCGCGUUAAAGGACGUCCCGGUUGAGCGUAUAGUGGGGCCAGGAAAUGACGAGGUGGUGAAAAUAGGGUCCUUCUGGGAGUCGCAGGUGAGAAAUGGCUUCUGGGAGUCGCAGGUGAGAAAUGGCUUCUGGGAGUCGCAGCCCGUGGUGAUUCAUUUUCUCCGCCGCUUUGGCUGCCGCAUCUGCAGGGGGGGCGCCAUGGAGAUGUCGCGCGCCAUCCCCCACCUACACAAUGCGGGCGUGCGAGUCGUCGCCAUCGGCCUGGAACAUCUGGGACUGGACGAGUUUGUGGAUGGGGGAUACUGGAAGGGCGAGCUGUACAUCGACGAUGGCAAGCGGGCCUACAGCGCACUGCAGCUCAAGUCCAUCUCCCUCUGGCAGGUGGCAUAUCAGCUGCUGUUUGACAAGACUGUGAAGAAGUCUCUUGGAGACACGGCCAAUGUGAAGGGUGAUCUGGCUGGAGAUGGCCUUCAAUUGGGAGCCACAUUCGUGUUCGAUAGAGGUGGCAAGCUGCUUCACGAAUUUAGACAAGUGACAGUGGCAGACCAUCCGUCUCCAGAAGAGCUUUUGAAGCCUUUUGGAAUUGAUUCAAGCGUUCUUAGCGGAGUGACGGAGGCAAGAGGAGCCCCCGCCUCCCUCCGCCUCCCUGUUGUGCGCGCGGCAGCGGGCGAUGCGGAGAGCAGCGGCGCGGAGAAGCCGCGCGCGGGGGAGCCGCAGGGGGAGCGCGCGAAGGGCAUCUUCGAGUUCGUGACGGACAACCCGUCGAGCCGCUCCGCCAUCCAGCUCAAGAACGCGCCCGCCAUGGACGGCAACGUCGGCCAGAUGAUCUCGGCGAUAGAGGACAAGGGCAAGGACAUGGGGUCGUACUUGCUCUCGGGCGAGUUCCAAUACUUCGUCCGUCAAAUAGGCAAUGCGAAAGACCCUCUGGUGGUGUACCUGCACGGCGCUCCGGCACAGUCGUGGGGCUUCCGAGAAGUGAUGCAGCAGAUGGCGGAGAAGGGCUACAGAGGCAUUGCGCCCGACUGGCUGGGGUUCGGGUUCUCAGAGAAGCCCCAACCCGGAUACUACUUCGCUUACACUGAGGACGUAUACCACCAAGAGCUCGACCGCCUCUUGGAGACUCUCAACGUCACUCAGCCUUUCUACCUUGUCGUUCAUGGCUACCUGGUGGGCAGCUACGGGCUCACAUGGGCGCUCAACAACGCCAGUCGCCUCAAGGGCCUCGCCAUCCUCAACACACCGCUCUCCGCCUCCUCGCCCCUGCCCCAGAUCUUCCAGCAACUCAGACUGCCCUUCGUGGGCGAGUUCCAGUGUCAGAACGCCGUGCUGGCAGAGCGCUUCAUUGAGAAGGGCAGCCCCUACUCCCUGGAAUUGGACAAUGCAGACGUGUACCGCCUGCCGUACCUCGACAGUGGAGAGCCUGGAUUCUCCCUGUUGGAGACGGCCCGCAAGGCCAACCCCAAGCAGCUGGGGGAGAGGAUCCAAAACACGCUCUCCGCCUCUAGAAUAUCCACCUCCAUACACCUCCCUGUCAUCCCUACCACCGCACUGCACCUCACUGCACAGCUGGACGGUGCCAACAGUGAUCGCGUGGGGCAAGGACGACCCAUACAUCCCCAUCACGGAGGCUCAGGCCAUCGCCAAGGCCAACUCUUCAUCAGUCACUCUUCGGGUGCUGGAGGGCGCUGGGCACACGCCGCAGGAGGAUUGGUGAGCCGGUUUGGGGGCAGGGUGUUACAGAGUAGAGGGAUGGAGGGGUGGAGUGGUGGAGAGAGGGGGGGCAAGGGCGAUCCAUACAUCCCUAUUACAGAAGCUCAGGCCAUUGCCAAGGCCAACAGCGCUGCUGUCACUCUCCGGGUGCUGGAGGGCGCGGGGCACACACCGCAGGAGGACUGGAGGACUGGUGAGCUUGCAGGGAGGAGGAGGGGAAGUAGAGCGCUACAGGGGUGGGGGAUGGAGCGGUUGAGGGGUAUAGGGGUAGAAUAG